AUGGUUUCUGAGGAAUGUACCCGACAUGUACAACCUCCUCGCGUCGCAGUUGAAGUUAGGUGCCCAGUUACCGCCUUCUGUGACGAAAUCAAGACAGGCAUUGAACACGCUGUUGUGGAAGAUGAUCCUUUCAGAUGGGGCAAUGCGCGCAAGACUACCAUUCUAAUAAUUGUUUCAGCUGGUUCCAUGAUCGCAGGCUUAGCUGUCAACAUACAGAACCCUGCAAAUGCCCAUAUUCAGAGUGACCUACGGGCAUCUACAUCGGAAAUAAGCUGGACGUUAUCGGUCUUUAUUCUUAUUCAGGGAGUCCCUGGGCUUCUAUGGAGCGCCAUCAGCGAAAUAAAAGGACGCAAGUUUGUCUAUGUAUCAUCUGUAGCAUUAUUCAUAGUUGCCUCUGCUAUUGUCGCCGUGUCCAACACCAUUGGUCUGCCACAACUAGCAGAUAUCUACGAACCCCAUGAGCGAGGCACUAAAAUGGGCAUAUAUUAUUCUGCUCCGCUCCUGGGGCCGGCGUUGGGCCCAGUAUUCGGUGGUGUGCUGACACAGGGUUUGGGUUGGCGCUCAAUCUUCUGGUUCAUGACUAUUUGCGCCGGAGUUGUUCUCCUUGCCCUGGUUCUCCUAUUCAAAGAUACGUUCAGGAAGGAACGUAGUCUGACGUAUCAGAAUGUCCUGCAGAUGAGAGCAAAGGAAGGGGAGCUGCAACUGCAACACUUGGACAAAUCCAGUCAUGCUUUUUCUGCCACUGACAAGCUCGCACAACCUGCACUAGAAAGCAUAACUUCUCCGCUGCAAAUGGAGGAUCUUAACGUCGAGGCGAAUAGCCCCACCAUUGCACCUGCUUCAUGUAUGAAAGAUGUCAACGUGUCGCUCGCAGACGUCAAUCCCUUCCCUCCACUUCUGAAGAUUCUUACACGCUUAAAUAAUCUCACAAUAUUAUUUGCCUGGUAA